AUGGGGGACUAUUACCACCACUUUCUCACCUCCAUGUCCGGAGUGGCAGCCAGCCAGAACAUGAGUCCACAGGAUACCCAUUCUCCUCAAUUCCCCGGCGGCCAGAUGCCCAUGAUGGGCGGCGCAAUGCCGGGACCUUAUCCCAACCUUGGAUACUUCACUGGCUUUCCCGACCCCGUCGGGCUCAGCGCCCCCAAAUCCUCCCGCAAUCGAAGAAAGUCGGCCCCCGGUAUUGACCAUGUCAAGCACCGACGCACAAGGUCAGGCUGCUACAUGUGCAGAAGUAGAAGAGUUAAGUGCGACGAGAGUCGGCCGAUAUGCGACAGAUGUCGCAAGGGCAGCCGUGAGUGUAUAUACCCAGAACCUCCAGCAACCAAAGGCUCGGCAGCACAGACGGCAACUUCGAAAGAAGGCAACACCACACAGCAAGCCAGUCCCGACUCUUCCAACGAUGCAGAGGAUGGAGAGGAGGAAACAGAACCCGCCGGUCUUGACACGAUUAUUGACGAAGACGAGGGUGACGAAGAUUCUCCGCACAAACACUUUGCAGGCCCCAGCAGAAGCAGCACAGCUUCUUCAUUCAGCCUUCAGCGCUCAGGAGGAACCCGUGGAAGCUCCGAAACACCCUCGCAUGAAGGAACCAAGAGUGCCUCGCCCUCGGCAUCGGUGGGGACCUCGAGCAGUCAAGCCACGACUACAUACGCGAUGCCAAAUCUGGGAGUGCUUUUUGUGAGCGGCCACGUCGAUUGGUCUCAUCUUCCCCUCGACAUUCGACAACACCUCGAGUACUUUUGCGAAAAUAUCACCCACUAUCAUUAUUGCAUGCUGGCCGACGCACAAGAGGUGUUUCGUAUACAUCUCCUUAACUAUGCGUUGCGAAACGAAGCUCUGCUUUACGCGGUCGUUGGGUUCGCCGCUUAUCACCGCACAAUUCAGGACCCUGACGGAAAGAUGGAGGACUUUUUGAAGUAUUACAACAAGAGUGUCAUCUUAUUGCUUAACUCUCUCAAGAGAAGAGAAAAGCACGACGUGACCACUCUUCUUACCGUGCUCCAACUGGCGACGAUCGAGGAGUACUUGGGCGACUGGAUCAAUCUGAUGGGUCACCAAAAGGCUGCGUAUGAGAUGCUGAUACACCUAUUUUCUCCCGAAACCGCCAAUCAUAGCCCAGUUGGCCGCAUGAUCGUGUCUUGGUACGGCCGAUUCGAUAUCUUCAUCGCCCUCAUGGGCGGGUUUCCGACGAUGCUGCCGAGGCAGUGGUUCACGACAAACGUCGAGUACUGCGAUAAACAGGCUGCCGUGGACGAAGACAGCAUGCAUUGGAAAUUGGAAGCAGAGUCUGGCAGGCUCAGGGUUAUCUCCAGGGAUAUGUCAACUUUGUUUGCGCGAGGGAGCAGGGGGCAAAUAUUACCGGAAGAUUUCGCCCUGGAGCACGAACGGAUUCAAAAAGCGCUUCACGACUGGAAAGACGGCUGGGACCACGAGAUGACCGACCCGGCCAACUUCGUUACGGACUUCAGCCAUGCGCGGCCGCUGACGGAGGAAGACAUUGUGGACCCCUUUGCGCCGGGCAUCCUAUACAACUUCCCAGCUUUCGCCACAACGAUGCUCACCGGCGAGUGGAACUCUACGACGAUGAUGCACAAAUGCCAAUCGCCAACAACAAAACGGAUGGAGCUAUAUCAAGAACUGAUGGGCCACGCGUACGCGAUCUGCCAGAUCUUCGAAGCUGUCGAAAGCUGGCCCUCAAAACCGAAGGGCAGCCUCAUCACAAUCCAGGCAUGUGUUGCUCUCUCGGCCUUAUUUCUGCCGCAUGAUCCCAAGCAUCACAUGUGGAUCAGACGCAAAUUCGCGUUGUUGGAGACCAUGGGAUACAUCCACCCGAUCACUCUGCGAUCCAAGAUGGCCGAGCUGUUCCAGGAGCCGUCCUGCGUGCGCUGGUGGCUGCCUGACGACGACGGAUUCACGCCCAUCCUCCAGAGUGUUCGCACCUUCGCGGAUGAGCGCAAUGCUAACGCGAUAUCGACUCAGGCGGAAAACCUACGAGAAGUGCGACACAUUUUUGCCAAAAUGCAAAUGUAUGACGAUCCGUCAGCCCAAGGCGGUCAAAAUCCGGCAGCGGCCUGA